CAAUUUGUGCUGCCACAGGAUGAGGAAACUUCUGUUUCUGAUGCCAAGAAUAUUUUUGGGCCAGCAGGCAGAUAAAAACAAAAGACGGGAGAGCAUAAGUGCUGUCUUCAGCAGAGUGCCAGGCUUUGAGAUGCAAAUGAAGGCGAGAGCAAUGACAGGCUGUGAGCAGAGCGGCGAGGGGGCAGGGCCAAGCACACUCAUUAAACGGGCCCCGGCUGAGAUGGUGCGCACAGAGGAAGCUGGCAGCGGAGUGUUGAAGAGGCACAGGGACGCACGGCACCUCCGACACGCUACCAUGAUCAGGAGCGCCUGUGUCAGCUUCUUCAUUGUGUUUUUCCUCAGCCUGGCCUCAGUGCUUUUCUACCAGACUCAGAUCCUGGAGUCCAAGAAACCCUACAUGCGAGAGGGGCUGUCGAAAGAAGCCCGUGCCCUCCACCAGGCGUGCCAGGCGUUGGCUCAGGGGACAAGCGAAGCCUUCCCAGAACAGCCUUUGGCCGUCUUGUCGGAGGGCCUCAGGUGUGAGGAUUAUGUGGCUCUGAACCACUAUGUGACCAAGCCCCUGUCCCCGGAGGAGGUUGAAUUCCGCCUGGCUUACAUCUUCACCCUGCACAAGGACUUUGACAUGUUUGAAAGGCUCUUCAGGGCCGUCUACCAGCCUCAGAACGUCUACUGUGUGCACGUUGAUGAGAAGUCCUCCGACGAGUUUAAGGAAGCCAUCCAAAAGUUGGUCAAUUGCUUCCCAAGUGCCUUCCUGUCCUCCAAAACGGAGCCAGUGGUCUAUGGUGGGAUCUCCCGCCUCCUGGCCGACGUUCACUGCAUGCGGGAUCUCGUCGAUCACAAGUGGGACUACGUCAUCAAUCUGUGUGGACAGGACUUCCCUCUGAUGACCAACCUGGAGAUCAUUCGGCACCUGAAAACGUUCCAAGGGAAGAACCUCACGCCGGGCGUCCUGCCCCCUCAGCAUGCCGUGCCACGGACUAAGUUUGUCCACAAGGAGCAUUUGGAGAAGGAGAAGUCCUACGUGAUCAGGACAACCAGUUUGAAAUCCCCUCCACCCCACAACAUUACCAUCUAUUUUGGCUCAGCCUACUAUGCGCUGACUCACGACUUUGUGCGGUUUGUUCUGGAGGACCAGCGUGCCAUCGACUUGCUGGAGUGGUCCAAGGACACCUACAGUCCGGACGAGCACUACUGGGUCACCUUAAAUCGAAUGCCAGAUGCGCCCAACUCUAUGCCUUCUGCAGCCUGGGAAGGAAACUUAAAAUGCAUAAAAUGGAGCGAUCAGAAGCACGACGGCUGUCACGGACACUACGUGAGAGGAAUCUGCAUAUACGGCACCAGGGACCUCAUGACUCUGUUUCAGGCCCGCUGUUUGUUUGCCAAUAAAUUUGAACUGCAAAAAUAUCCUCCGACGGUCGAAUGCUUGGAGCUGCGAAUCCGAGAGAUGGCGUUGAACCAGAGCGGCACUGAUGUGGAAACAGACUGGUAUUUUUAAAUUAUUUUACCUUUGUAAAAAGUGUUGAUGAAAGGACAUACAUGACAUUAUUUAUUGAGGAAAAAAAUAAAUUAAAUAUUUAUUUUGUUAUUUACAUUUUUUGUUUUGGGAACAAAUUAAAAAAUCAUUUAAGGAUCCAUUUUCCUCCAAUUCACAUAAAGGCAAUGGCAACGGCUGGCACUGAGGAGCCUUAUGGUUUAAUUUUAAAUAAUUCUGUGCAGAUGCAGAUGCUGCAUACUUUAAAAGCAUCGUUCACUGUGAAACUUGAAGACAGGCGGGUGAAAUCAACCAAGGAGCUGGACUCGAAACUGUUGAGGCCAAACGUUCAAAAUCCCACCGCUGCCUCAAAGGACCUGCCUUUUGUGACUUUGUGAUUUGUGACGCUAUUCAAUGAGACAAGGUGCUACACAGAAUAAAGACAAUUGAUGUACACAUUGAUCACUUUUGAAAUUCUCCUUCUACUGAGUAACCAUUAAAAUUGACCUGUUUGCUCA